UAGUAACCCAGUACAAAUGACUGCACGGUACACUGUUGUGUUUACAUGUCUGCAGCAAAUACUAAGGCAUGGAUGGCAGUAGGGUGAGCUCCAUGUCUCAGUGGUGGAACUCUGAUGUUUUCAUCGUGUUUGUGGUGGUGUUGCUUCUCAUCAUUGUUGCCAUCUUUGCCUUCUGCUGGAUCAAAAGACGUCGUCCUGUACCAACUGAGACACUAGCAGAAAUUGAGAUCAUUCCACUUGACAAUUUAGGAAAAAACAACCAACCCAGAUUCACCCUGAUGAUCAUCAUGGAGCAGAAACAUGCCUCUGAGCUCGUACAAACGUUAACAUGCCGUAGUCGCUCCAUUGUACAUCAGUCAUGCUCCUCUGUGACUGCUGAGAUCGCCUCUACUUCGAGAGAUCAGCCUCGAGCAGGCACUUCUUCUUCUUGUCAUGAUAAAACAGACAAAACACUUUGUACUGGACUAGAGUUAAGCUCACUGGAGAAUAUGCAAAUUCCAUCCACAGCCACAAAUACAGUUACCAAUGAGGAAGUAAAUGACAAUAGUGAAAGUGAAACAACUUGGUUCCAAUGUGCCUCAUAAAUAAUGUUAUUGGUCAUACAGGAAGAUCUAAAUAAAUAAAGAUGAAGGCCAAUCAAAGAUAA